UCGUCUGCUCUUCGAGGGAGUCAGUCAUCGUCGGCGAUGUGCUCCUAAUUUUUUUUAACAUUUGUUAUUAUUUUGUAUAAUUUUGGUCAAAAAUGUUUGAUAAUUGAAUAACAGCAGUUGUGACGAUUUUGAAGACCUAUUUUGAAAUGUGAAAAACGCUUGAUUCGUUGGUGAAAUUCUGAAGUGAAAAUUUGAAAAUUUCGGAAGCACGCUUUUGUGGCAUCCUCAUUAGUUCAUUCAAGACCGGAUUUAUAUCGGGCCGCCAAAGAACAUGUUGAACAAAAUAUUGCUGCUUUUUGUUGCUCUUCGUAUAGCAUCAGUGUUUAUCGUAAGGACCUGGUACGUUCCGGAUGAGUACUGGCAAAGCUUGGAAGUUGCACAUCGGUUGGCAUUUGGAUACGGCCACCUUACCUGGGAAUGGACAAAAGGCAUCCGCAGUUACGUAUAUCCGGCUUUAAUAGCUGGAAUAUAUAAAUUUCUCGCAUUGAUUAAGUUAGACUGUGUUGAGUUGCUGGUCCUGCUGCCUCGCAUCCUCCAGGCAUGUCUAUCGGCAUAUUCGGACUACAGGUUCUACGUAUGGUCAAACAGGAGCAAAUGGUCAGCUUUUGUGUUAGCAACUUCUUGGUUCUGGUUUUACACAGCUUCCCGUACACUCGCGAACACCCUUGAAACUUCCCUCACAGUUAUAGCGCUUAGCUAUUUCCCGUGGGCCUCCGCGGAAAGCACAACUUUCUUGUGGCCCGUAGCGCUCUCGGUUUUCGUUAGACCAACAUCGGCUAUUCCGUGGAUUCCGCUAUGCUUGUAUCACGUCAAAAAAUCCUCACAUCCAGUUUGGGAAUUAUUGUUGAAGCGAUAUCUUCUGAUUGCUUUCACCAUUGGGUCAUUUUCAAUAGCAGUCGAUAGUUUCUUGCAUGGAUCUCUUAUCGUUUCGCCGUAUGAGUUUCUCCGUUUUAACAUUAUAAAAGGAAUUGGAAGUCUUUACGGUGAACAUCCUUGGUAUUGGUAUUUCAAUGUAGGAUUACCCACCGUUUUAGGGAUUGGAUCUAUUCCGUUUCUGUUUGCUUGUGUGGAAACAAUUCGUCACCGACAAGUAUAUAAGGAACGCUCUAUUCUGUUAGCUGCAAUUGUAUUUACUUUGUUCAUUUACUCGCUUUUACAACACAAAGAGUUUCGUUUCAUACUACAAAUUCUACCGCUAUGUUUGUACGUGUCGGCGGAUCAUUUAUCAAGAUGGAGUAGAAAAGCUUCUGGAAAAUUGGUGUGGUUUGCAGCGAUUGGAAUAUUGGUCGGAAAUAUUAUUCCUGCAGGAUAUCUUAGCGUAGUUCAUCAACGUGGCGCCCUGGAAGUGAUGUCCUCACUGCAAUCUAUAGCACGCAACUAUAAAGACGAAUUCGAUCAGCCAGCCAAAUUAAUCUUUCUCUUGCCUUGCCAUACAACGCCGUUACAGAGUCAUAUCCAUCACAAUACCACAAUGCGCUUUCUGCGUUGCGAACCGAAUUUCGAAAACGUAGACAAUUAUGUAGAUGAAGCAGAUACUUUCUACAAAGAUCCGAUGAGUUGGAUUAGAAAAAAUCUACCCGUCCAUCCGCGUAGUGCUUUACCGACUCACGUGGUUGCAUUCGAUAGUUUGGAACCCAAGAUCAAGGACUUCCUAUCAGUUUAUAAACAAAAGGAAUCAUUCUUCCAUUCGGAUUUUACAACUGACAAGAUUGGAGCUAACAUAGUUAUCUACGAGCGGUUCGAUCCUACAAAAGCUACUACAACUGCCGCACCACCAGUACAAGAAGAGCAGCCUGCCGAGCAAGACGUAGAAGGAUAAAUGCAACAUAUUUAAUGUUUUUGAGUGACCUUUUUGUUUCCUUUCCUUUUGGUUUUAGUGCUAGGUUUCUAUGAGGAGUUGGAUUGGUAACUAAUGUCGGUGGCGAGAAGAACGAAUGAAAUACAAGGCAAUAAUAAACUUUUGACGAAAGUUUAGCAAUUUGAUUAUGUUAAGAAGAAUGGAGCUAUAAUAAAAACGUACUUUAUUUUUAACGAUAUUAUAUAUCAAUUGACUCCUUCUGUAAAGAAUAAUUAGCUCUAAGGGGCUAUGAUUGUGUAACAAACUGCCACGUAGUUUAUAUGAAUUAUAAUUUCACAAAAUCGAAAUAAUUUUCAACUGUUGACUACACAAUAAUACAAUCCCGGUCAUUGUGUAGCGUGUAGAUAUACAAUGAUUGUUGUAGCUUAGCAAUGAACCAGCGAUACUAAAUUUUUUAGAACUGAGCUGCUUUUAUUUUGUAGUCAAUCAUGGAUUUCUAAUUUUUCCUGUUCAGUCCUUCGAAUUUACCAAGUUUUACAAAAUAAAGUGUUCAUAUUUUGA